UUGUAGGCGGUGCAGUGGCGUUGGACCAAUGGCAACUGUUUCAGCUUCGGGGCUGGCUCUGUUAUCAGACUCGGGCGAAAAAAAAAAGCCUUGUAUAGACCCAAAAAUUCCUAAUGACCAUCCUCGCUCCAACGCCUCCUGCUACUCGCCCUCCUACAGCUUCAUAUCGCUGCAUAGUCAAUAGUGAUAGGUAGAUUUUGGGAGAGAUGGGCCUUCCCUAAUUUCGGAUUUGUUAUAAGAUUACUACUAGUAGUAGUAUAAAAAGAGACAUUUAGGGCCAAAAUGGAUAUUGUUACAGCAAGAGACACCAAAGUGGUAGCAAUGGGAAGAAAGAGCAGCGGAAUCUUGAUAGCCUUCGUGGUGAUUAUGCUGAUGGCCAUCGCUGCCUACAUCAAGAUUUGGACCAUCGACUAUCGGAUCUCUUCCCAGGAAUCCCUGUUGCUAAGGUCACUAUACUGCAACAGUUUGAUCUUGCCCACAGAGAAGCCAUGGAUGAAUCUGCAGAGUGGAGGCAGAGGUUUGAUAUGGAGGUCGAGAAGAGUCAAAUGUGCAUCAAGGAACUCGAUCAAAUCAAGGAAUCUCGCCAGGCUGCGAGUGCGGCUGGUAUCAACAAGAAAUUGGAGUUGUUGGAGAAGGAAAAUAUGGACCUGCUUGAACAAAUAGAGAUACUGAAACAAGAGCUUGAAGCAGAGAAGUUUAACUGCAGCAUGCGACAUAUUUAGGUGUUAUCUGGUGUCUGGAGUUUUGGAGAAUGUUAUCUGAAUAUGAUGUUACUCAGAUUUUGAUGGAGUUCACAACUUUUCUUUGUUUGGAGAAGCUGAUUAAUCACGAGAAGAACAUAGGCCAAGAAUGCAUACGUGCAUAUGCCAUUGAUAUGGCAUGACUUGCUUCACAGGAAGAGUAGACAUUUACUGAAUUUUCCUGCUUAUGUGGUUGGAUGGCGACUUCGUCCAACUUCAGAUGGGCUCCAAUUUCUGAUCAUGACAUGUUCUGGAGACAUCUGGCAGCUAAAGAGGCUAACCUUAUAUUCUUACCAGAGAAGGUAUUGUGAGAGCUUUCCUGAUUGCUCAUUGUUGAAGUUACUCUAGAUCUCUGGGAGCGUGUUGUGGGGAUCGAUCAUGUAAUUCACAUUUUGUAAUAUGAUACACCUUCAUUACAUGUCAUCCUCGUAUUGCGUUCGCUUUGGCAUUCUGUUGUCUGUUUAAGUAGUAAUUAUUGAGAUGGACUUUUAGUUCGA